CGGCCUUACGUAGGUUUUCUACAACAACGUGAUGACGUCGACCCUUCUUCCUUUCCUCUGCUACCGGCGAGAAUGAAGACCAUUCUCAGCAGUCAGACUGUCGACCUCCCCGACAAUGUCGAGGUGAGGCUGAAGGGCCGAACAGUUACUGUUAAAGGGCCCCGUGGCAAGCUUACCAGGGAGUUUAACCACAUCAACCUGGAGCUCAGCCUGCUGGGCAAGAAACAGAACAAGCUGCGUGUGGACAAAUGGUGGGGAAACAGAAAGGAGCUGGCCACAGUCCGUACCAUCUGCAGCCACGUUCAGAACAUGAUCAAGGGAGUGACACUGGGUUUCCGGUAUAAAAUGCGCUCGGUGUACGCCCAUUUCCCCAUCAACGUCGUCAUUCAGGAGUCUGGAAGUAUGGUGGAGAUCAGGAACUUCCUGGGAGAGAAAUACAUCCGCCGCGUCCGAAUGAGGCCAGGUGUGGUGUGCGCAGUUUCAGCUGCCCAGAAGGACGAGCUGGUCCUGGAGGGUAACGACAUCGAGCUGGUGUCUAACUCAGCUGCCCUGAUCCAACAGGCCACCACGGUCCGAAAGAAAGACAUCAGGAAGUUUCUAGACGGCAUCUACGUCAGUGAGAAGACCACUGUUGUGGAGCUCGAUGUCGAAUAAAUUAAUAUCCAUCAAGUCCUGUUAAUGACCAAUAAAACUACCAUCUUUUCCAAUUAA